AUGGCCACAGCAGAUUCGUUGCAGGGACAUACCCUGCACAACUCUGUCCUUCAGCUUGGACAAGGGGACUCUGUCGAACAUCCUCUCCCAACAGUCACUUCGGCCUUCUACCACUAUGCAAGGACUUUUCCAGACGCCAUAGCUCUCCGUGACCUCGCGGAGUCACCGAGGGAGUUGACAUAUAGUCAACUUGCUAAGCGGGCUCAAUGCUUGGCUGCACACCUCAUCUCUCAGGGUGUCUGUCCUGACUCGCGGGUCCCCAUUGUUGCUAAGAGGGGACUAGACAUGAUUGUUGCCAUAUGGGCAGUUCUUUCAUGCGGUGCUCAAUAUGUGCCUCUCGAUGGCGGAGUUGUCCCUGACGAGACUGUCCGUCGAGUUCUCGACCAGGCGGAUGGUAUAGUACUCUGUUUGGCAUCAACAAAGCACCGCAUCACUGUCCAGCACCAUAAACAGACUGCGAUUGUUAUCGAUGAGAUGAAGACCAACUCACUUGAUGAAGACGCCCACAUCGACCUUGCAACACCUAACUCCGGUUGUUACGUGAUAUACACAUCAGGAACGACGGGAAAUCCCAAAGGAGUGAACGUCACUCACCGAAAUGUCGUCAACCUUGUGUGUUUAUCUCCUGGGAAUCUGGGAGUGGCGCCUGGCACUUGCAUGAGCUCUGUCCUCAACAUCAGCUUCGAUAUGGCGGCCUGGGAAAUCUUCGCAUGUCUUUGUAACGGAGGAACACUCGUCCUGCGAGGUUCCAACUGGGAACCCACUCUUCAGCAGAUCGAUAUCCUCAUCUGCACCCCCACAAUACUCUCAAAAUACCAUCCUACACAAUUUCCCAGAAUAAAAACGGUCGCCACAGCUGGUGAACCAACAACAAAAAGUCUUGCUGACUUAUGGGCAAAACAUGGUACAUAUUGGAACUGUUGUGGUCCAACAGAAACCACGAUCGUCAACACGAUGCAGAAGCAUAUUGUCGGGCACGAGCUAUCGAUCGGUCGACCAACUCCAAAUAACAGAGUCUAUAUCUUGAACGAAGAAGGCAAACCAGUGCCCGUGGGUGCCAUUGGUGUGAUGUGGGCUGGUGGGCUCGGAGUUUCUCGAGGCUACAUUGGACUUGGUGAAAAGACAGCAGAAAGAUACAAGCUAGAUUCCUUUGCUCAAGACGGAUCAACCAUAUACAAUACCGGCGACCUGUGCCGCUGGCGACCAGAUGGCUCUGUCGAGAUUCUUGGCCGAGUUGACGACCAAAUCAAAGUCAAGGGUUUCCGUGUAGAGCUAGACGGUAUCUCCGCAUCCCUAGUCUCUGCACCUGGGGUGUCUAGAGCGGUUGUGCUACUGAUCGAUGGAGAGAUUCAUGGGUUUAUCACCCCACGCAGAUGCGAUGUAACCACCACAAUUAAGCAUGUACGACAAUACCAGCCCUACUAUGCCGUUCCAACUCAUCUUCACCAACUCGACGAAUUACCUUCGACCCCUAAUGGCAAAAUCGACAAGAAGGGGCUCAAGACGCUUGCCUUGGCCAAGCAAACUGUUGUGGCACAAUCAUGCGAGAAAGAGAAGGCCCAUGCUGAGCUCAAAUCUCAAACGUCCAUGUCCUCCUUGGCCACUCUCACCGAGAAGCUGGAUCUUGAACGUGGCAUGCCUGAUAAGAAUAUGGCACGGCCAUACAGAGGACUGAGGCACAGAAUCUUCAUCGUAUAUCGUACCCUCUUCAGUUUGGUUGGCAUACUGAACUUUGUGGCACUGGUCUCUGUGAUCGUUCUUCAGCUCAAGUCGGACUGGUUAGGGACCAUCACAGCGAUCAACCUCGCAGUUGCAGUGCUCGUGAGGCAGGAAACGAUCAUCAACAUCUUGUACACUGUCUUUUGCUCGGUACCAAAGCAUUUUCCACUCUGGAUCAGGGCUCGUUGCGCCAAGAUUUAUCACCUCGGUGGUGUGCACUCUGGUGCGGGGAUAUGCGCCACUGCAUGGCUGGUCAUCUCGACAGUCCGUGGGACAAUAUGCGAUGCAGUGUCCUGCGAGGGUCAUGCGACCGGCUCCUUGGUAACACAGGUGAUAUCGUGGGUUCUAUGCGGGCUGUUGUGUUGCAUGGUGGCCACUGCAUGGCCCUCGUUCCGGAAGCAGUACCACAACCUCUUUGAACGCUUCCACCGCUUUGCCGGCUGGACAUCACUAGGUCUGUUCUGGGCCCGCACGAUGCUAGCCAUCAAUGAUUCCCGAUCUCAACACGAAGAGCUUGGUAUCGCUACUGUCAAGAGCCCAGACUUCUGGCUCUUGAUGAUAGCAACUCUCAGCAUUGCAUCUUCAUGGUUCUUCCUCCGUAAGGUUCCUGUUGAGGCCGAAGUGCUCUCUGAGCAUGCAGUUCGACUGCAUUUCGACUACACUGUCCCCGUAAAUGGCACCUUUACACGUAUUUCGCAGCGGCCCCUGAUCGAGUGGCACUCAUUUGCAACUAUUCCCAAUCCGAAAGCCAACCACCAUGCCAAGGGCUACUCUCUAGUAGUCUCUAACGCUGGCGACUGGACACGCUCCUGCAUCAAAAACCCACCGAGCACGAUUUGGGUGCGUGGUGUUCCGACAUGUGGGGUGAUGCGCAUCGCAACUCUCUUCAAUCGUAUCGUCGUUAUCGCCACAGGCUCUGGAAUUGGACCGCUCCUAGGGCAUAUAAUCCAUCAAUCGUGUCCUACGCAACUGAUCUGGUCUACUUCAAAACCUGAAGAGACGUUUGGUAAAGAAGUUGUUGGCCAGAUUCGAGGUGCUAUUCCGGAUGCGAUAAUCUGGGAUACUAAGGCUCAAGGUCGUCCAGAUCUCGUACGGAUGGGGUUUAACCUGGCCAAGAGUUUCGAUGCUGAAGCUGUGGUAAUAAUAGCAAACGAGAAGAUCACCAAAAAGGUCGUAUACGGCCUCGAGACGCGUGGUAUGCCUGCAUUUGGCGCCAUCUGGGACAGCUAA